AUGGAUACAGAUACUGAGAUCGAUGUUGAAAUUGAAGAUGCAACGCCAAGUCUUCCAUCACCCCAACAGCCAAGUGCACAUGUCUUUUCAGGUGAUCCAGGGAAAAGAACUCCUAUUUUAGAGUAUGCUUUUAAUGAUCAAGAUAGUGUUCGAAGAAGAUACAUUGCAAAAACUGCAUGCCGACCAUAUGCACAUGCUUUUCAAGUCAGGAAAAUCUAUGGUAAAAAUCGACACUUUAGUUUUGUUUGGUUUGAAAAGUACAGUUGGCUAGAAUAUAGUGUCUCAAAGGAAGCAGCAUAUUGCUUUGUGUGCUAUUUGUUCAAAGGGAAAACUAAUGGGGGGCCUAGGGGUGAUGCCUUUGUUAAAACUGGUUGGAGAAAUUGGAACAAACCUGAUGCACUGGACAAACAUAUGGGCGGUAUUGGUAGCAUUCACAACCAAGCUCAAGAGAAGUACAAUUUAUUUGUGACGCCUCAAACGUCAAUUUGUAAUACCAUGGUGAGGGUGUCUAAACAUGAUCUGCGUCUUUACAAGGCUAGGCUAACUUAUUCACUAAGAUGCUUGAGGUUUCUUUUGAACCAAGGAUUGGCAUUUCGUGGACAUGAUGAGAGUGAAGAAUCUAGCAAUAGGGGGAACUUUCUUGAACUUCUAAAAUGGCUUGCAGAAAAUGAUGAAGAAGUUGAUAAGAUUGUUUUGCACAAUGCUCCUGGAAACUGCAUCUUGACUAGUCCAACGAUACAAAAACAAAUUAUUGAAUGUUGUGCUGUGCUAACUACAAAACAAAUUAUUGAAGAUCUUGGUGAUGAGCACUAUGCGAUCCUAGCUGAUGAGUCUAGUGAUGCAUCUCAUAAAGAGCAACUUGCUAUUUGCAUACGUUAUGUUGAUAAAGUUGGAAAGGGGUGUGAGAGGUUUCUUGGAGUUGUUCAUGUUGCCAACACAACUUCCUUGUCACUUAAAGCUGCAAUUGAAUCUUUGCUUACCGAUCAUCAUUUGACUCUUACUCAAAUCCGUGGGCAAGGAUAUGACGGGGCUAGCAACAUGAAAGGAGAGAUUAAAGGGUUGAAAACAUUGAUCAUGAAAGACUCGCCCUCUGCUUAUUACAUUCAUUGCUUUGCACAUCAACUUCAAUUGGUUCUUAUUGCCGUGGCAAAGGGAAAUGAACCAUGUAAAUGGUUUUUUGAUCAUGUUUCUUACUUGCUGAAUAUUGUUGGAGUUUCUUGCAAGCGUCAUGACAUGCUUCGAGAUGUUAGAGCUCAAAAGGUUCUGGAAGCACUUGAAAUGGGUGAAAUUGAAAGUGGAAGUGGGUUAAAUCAAGAGAUGGGAUUAGCUAGACCUGGUGAUACUCGGUGGGGUUCUCAUUUUCGAACCAUUCUGCACAUUAUUACCAUGUACCCCACAAUACUAGAAGUACUUGAUACUAUUGGAAAAGAUCCUUCACAAAGUGGUGAGUGGACAAGAAUACGUGCAGUGGCUUUUGCCUUGGAGUCAUAUGACUUUGUUUUCAAUCUUCACGUGAUGCUUGUUAUUCUUGGCCACACUAAUGAGUUGUCUCAGUCAUUGCAAAAGAGAGAUCAAGAUAUUGUUAAUGCAAUGGCACUUGUUAGUUUGGCAAAGAAUAAAAUGCGACAUAUGAGGUCUCAUGGCUGGGAAGAAUUUCUUGCAAAGGUGACAUUGUUUUGCAACAAACAUGGCAUUGAAGUUCCUACACCAGAGGAUAAUUAUGUGCCUCAUGGAAGAUCACCUCGGUAUUAUCAAGUGCAAACAAAUGAUGAUCGUUAUAGAAGAGAAGUAUAUCUUGGUAUCCUUGAUCAAAUCAUUCAAGAGCUUGACAAUAGGUUUGAUGAGGUUAAUAUGGAGUUGCUUAUUUGCAUGUCUGCUUUGAACCCCGCCAAUUCAUUUGCUUCUUAUGAUGCACUCAAGGUAAUGAAACUUGCUGAAUUCUACCCCCAGGACAUAUCAAGCAUGGAUUUGGUAAGGCUUGAAUUCCAACUUGAUACUUUUAUUGAUGAUAUGAGACAAGAUGAUAGGUUCAGAUCUGCGCGUAAUAUUGGUGAACUCUCUGUUAUGCUUGUCGGUACAAACAAACAUGUUCUCUAUGAUUUGGUCUACAUGCUUAUCAAAUUGGUAUUGAUCUUACCGGUGGCCACAGCGAGUGUUGAAAGAGUAUUUUCGGCGAUGAAUCUAGUGAAAAAUAAGUUGAGAAAUAGUAUGAGUGAUGAUCUCAUGAACAACUGUUUAGUAACAUUCAUUGAGCGAGACGUGUUCUUGAAAGUAAGCGAGGAAGACAUAGUUGAAGAUUUCAUGGCAAUGGAACGUCGUAGAGUUACUUAG